ACUACAUUAAUUUAUUAUCGUCUUAGGUAGCAAACCGAAAUCGGUACCAUCGCUGAGCAGUGCCCAAGAAAAUGUCCAGGAGCACGUAACACUAUUCCUUAUUAUUGAUUUCCAUGAUAUCAAUAUUGGAUAUGGAUCACGGGAUCUCAUGUUGAAGGCGAGGGGGAGGAGAACACCCAAUCCGUUAGAAAGCUGAAAAAAGAAAUGACCGUCGAAGAAAGGCACUUAAUCCGUGCCCAAAAGCUACAACUCAUCGAAUCGGACUUUUAUAAGCAUGCCAGCAUUAAUGAAACGGCGCGGACGCUAGAUCUUGAUCUCGAUGUCGUUGAUCAAAUUUUCAACUUUUGGGUUCUUAAACGAAAGUCCAACCGAGACAGACCAUUGCUACCGCCCAACACCACUGAAACGGAAAGAUUAAGUCAGCAACAACAGCAAGAUAUGGAACGUAUGAAAUUGUUUGUACAGCUACGACAAGACCUAGAGAGGGUUCGAAAUUUGUGUUACAUGGUCAGCCGAAGAGAGAAAUUAUCACGAUCGUAUUUUCGAUUGCGAGAACAAACCUUCCACAAGCAACAGCGAUUUUGUCUCUGUCUGAUCUACAAAAAACUAUCACCCCAGCAGAACUGACGCCAAUCAUGGCUCCAAUGUCUAUGACCUUGUAUAUUUACGUGGGGAAACGAUCCAAAAA